GCGGGAUGAUAACAACAAAGCAUGAUGUGCCACACAACGAGCGAGUAUGUUUCUAUCUCGACCAAUUACUCUUUUUGUCUUUUCGCAAUUAUUCAGUUACACUAAGGUGGUGAAUUGGGUUGGAUAGCCCAAACCUGCCCCCAAUGUAUCCAAAUCCUUACUGGGCUAGCCAUAUCCAAAACCCAAUACCUGGUUUCGGCCCAAGUAGAAAUCAGCUCGGCUUUUUACUAGACGGCCAGCCGAGCCGAAUAAGCCAGACCGCUAUUUUGUCAGUCACUCUGCUCUGCCUUGUCUAUCCAUUCCAGUAUCCACGAACGGGAGAAAAACAGUGGGGGAAGGGAACCAUAACUAAGAUAAGGUUUUAAAGCCCUUUAUCUUCCCCCUUUCAUUUCCCUCUUUCUCUGGUCUUUUAUCCGUUGCAGGAAGAAGGCUCUCAGUUAGCUUCCAGUCCUCCUGAGACAUUUUGACAGGGGAAAAGAUACAAUCUUUCAGGGACCCUUUUCCAACAGAUUGCCAAGGUACUGGCUUUAAUCACUUCUGAGCUCAUGGGUCGAUGGUUUCGAAGCUGCUUCCUGUGGUUUCCUCACCGUCUUAAUGUUUGAUUUGGAUGAUUUGUUCUUCUGCUGUUGAGUUUGUUGUUGGGAAGAGUUGAAUUUGAGUUCCUGUGAUGUAUGUCUCUUGUUGUUGUAAUUCUGCGUGAGAAUUUCUUGUACGGUCUUUGCUUGCUUUGCAAUGCUGUGAUGGACAUUGCCUGGGGAUGUGCAUGUGGCUAAACUUUUCAGCUCAGUUUGCAAUGUUUGGUGAAAAGCAUUGCAGUGGUUUGUGGAAUUGAGUUAGCUGUGGAAGUUGAUAUUGCAUAAUUUGUCAAUUGGAAAGUGAGAACUGGCUUGUUUUUCGGGUUGAAUGAGCUUGUAUUACGUAAUCAGUCGAGUUAAUCUCCUGUAGGAUGUUUGAUUUGACUGGUUUAGUAGGUACCGAGUUGAAAGUUGUGCCUUGCUUUGCCAUGUUGUCGACACUUCCUACAUCUCAGGAACUGUGAAUGCUGAUUCUUGGAACAUACUCUCCCCUGGAUUUCUGUGUGGGGAAUUAACUUAUAACUACGCUUGGAACAGGUGAAUGUUGUGAUGAAGAACUGAUUCUAGCUGCUGACUGACCAAUUGCAAUUCCAAGGAAACAUGACGCCAGUAAUCCCAUGUUCUACAAGCAGAAUCGCACUCGUUCCAGGAACUCCCUUCACAUUAAACAAGACCAAUGCUCCCACAAAAUGUAGUUUAUCCAGGAAAUCAGCAAAGCAUGCCCAAAGACUCGCCGUUUUACCCUUCCCAGCAUCCAUCAAGUCCUUGUCCAAUUACAAAACACAUCAUCAUGCUUUGGCUCACAGAAGCACAGUGCAUUCAGUAACAGUGUCAGCCACAGGCACAGACAUAGCUGUUGGAGAGCCCGAAAGUCCUGCGACAAGUGAGGAAGAGCCUGUGACAAGUGAGGAAGAUUCAAAUAAAGCCUCAGAAAUACCUGCAGAGACUGCACCAACUCAAGCUAAGCGUGCAAGACCGGGCAGAAAAAGUGAGAUGCCGCCUGUAAAGAACGAGGAUCUGGUUCCUGGGGCAAUGUUCACCGGGAAAGUAAGGUCUAUUCAACCAUUUGGAGCAUUCAUCGACUUUGGGGCUUUCACAGACGGCCUUGUACAUGUUUCCAGGCUGAGUGAUAGCUAUGUUAAGGACGUUGGAAAUGUCGUCUCAGUUGGACAAGAGGUCAAGGUGAGGUUACUUGAAGCAAACACAGAGACGGGACGUAUUUCUCUGAGUAUGCGUGACGAUGAUGAUAAUGAUGGAAAUAGUAGUAAGCCACAGCAGCAAAGGAAAGAUUAUUCUGCUUCGACGGGUGGUGGAGAUAAGCCGAGACCUGGAAGAAGAAACACACAAAGGAGUGGUCAGAAGAGGGAUGAGAAGACUGCAAAGUUUGUUAUUGGGCAGCAACUAGAUGGCACGGUUAAGAACUUGACCAGGUCUGGUGCUUUCCUCACUCUCCCUGAAGGCGAGGAAGGAUUCUUGCCUGCUUCAGAAGAAGUUAGUGAGGGAUUUGGAAACCUUAUGGGUGGUUCUCAACUAGUGAUGGGACAGGAAGUUAGUGUUAGGGUUUUGCGUAUAAAUAGAGGUCAAUUUACUUUGACGAUGAAAAAGGAGGAAGAUAAUCAGAAGGAGGAUAAGAACUUUACUCAGGGAGUUAUCCAUGCUGCAACUAAUCCGUUCCUGGUGGCUUUCAGGAAGAACAAGGAUAUAGCAGAAUUUCUUGAUGAUAGAGAGAAGUUGCAAAAAGAUGCUGAGAUUUCAGAAGAGAAGGAGCUAGAGCAGGAAGAAAUUGUAGCUUCUUCAGAGGUGGCUGUGGAAGCUAAUGAUGGUGAGAAGGAGUUGGAGCAGGAAGAAAUUGUAGCUUCUUCAGAGGUGGCUGUGGAAGCUAAUGUUGGUGAGAAGGACUUGGAGCAGGAAGAGACUGUAGCUUCUUCAGAGGUGGAGAGCAUAGAGUCUAGCUCAUCAGAAGAAGUUGAGAGUGCUGUUCAAGCUGCAGCUGAUGAUGAGCCAAUUGAAGAACCGGAGAAGAUUGAUGCAACUGUUAACGAGAUUGUAAGUGCAGAUCAAAAGGUAGAAGAACCUUCAAUUGAAGUGGUGGAAAGUGAUGGAAACUCUGAUUCAUCUGCAGAAGCUCCUGUUGAUGAAAGUGUUGUAGAGGGUAAUGUGGAAGAGCAAAUAGAAGCAGCUGCCACACCAGUAGAUAAUGAAGUUGCCACAGAAGCUGCGGAUGAGAGUGGUAGUUUCGUUAGUUCAGAUGGAGUGGAAAGUGGAGAAAGUUCUGAUCUAUCACAAAUCGAAACCGAGGCAGCGGAUAAUCAAACAAUUGAAGAAGUUCCAAAGAAAGUUGAAGACAAUGAAACUAUUUCUGCCUCUCUAGUUGAAAGUGAGAAGGAGGAUCCUGCUCCUGAGGGAAAUGGUCUCAACAGCAAUCCUCCCCCCAAAGAGACAACAACAGCAGCAACCAUCUCACCAGCUCUGGUAAAGCAGCUCCGAGAAGAAACAGGAGCAGGAAUGAUGGACUGCAAGAAAGCACUCUCCGAGACAGGAGGUGACAUCAUUAAAGCUAUGGAAUUCCUCCGAACGAAAGGACUAGCGAGUGCAGAGAAAAAAGCCAGCAGAACAACUGCUGAGGGAAGAAUCGGGUCAUACAUUCACGACAGCAGAAUCGGCAUCCUGAUCGAGGUAAACUGCGAGACAGAUUUCGUCUCUCGAGGAGAAAUCUUCAAGGAGCUUGUGGAUGAUCUAGCCAUGCAAGUGGCUGCGUGUCCACAAGUACAAGUUGUUGCCACAGAAGAUGUUGCUGAAGCAGUUGUGAGCAAGGAGAGAGAGAUUGAGAUGCAGAAGGAAGAUUUGUUGUCGAAACCAGAGCAGAUUAGGGCUAAGAUCGUCGAAGGAAGGAUCAAGAAGAGGCUCGAUGAGCUUGCACUGUUGGAGCAGCCGUACAUCAAGAAUGAUAAGGUUUUGGUGAAGGACUGGAUCAAGCAGACAAUUGCAACCAUUGGGGAAAAUAUGAAGGUUAAGAGGUUUGUUAGGUAUAAUCUUGGUGAAGGCUUGCAGAAGAAGAGUCAGGAUUUUGCUGCUGAGGUUGCUGCACAAACCGCUGCGAAAUCUGCACCUGCACCACCAAAAGAUCAACCUGCUGCUGUAACAGAGGAGAAAGAAGCUGUUCAGAAGCCACCAGCUGCAGCAGUUUCUGCAGCACUCGUCAAGCAACUGAGGGAAGAAACAGGAGCUGGGAUGAUGGACUGCAAGAAAGCCCUUGCAGAGACAGGUGGUGAUCUGGAGAAGGCACAGGAUUAUCUCAGAAAGAAAGGACUGUCAUCCGCCGACAAGAAAUCCAGCCGUCUUGCAGCUGAAGGCCGGAUAGGUUCCUACAUUCAUGACUCUCGAAUCGGAGUGCUGAUAGAGGUCAACUGCGAGACCGACUUCGUUGGCAGGGGCGAAAUAUUCAAGGAACUGGUCGAUGAUCUGGCAAUGCAGGUCGUUGCAUGCCCACAGGUGCAGUUUGUGUCAACUGAAGAUGUGCCAAAGAGCAUUGUUGAGAAGGAGAAGGAGCUCGAGAUGCAAAGGGAGGACCUUCAGUCGAAACCAGAGAACAUAAGAGAGAAGAUUGUCGAAGGAAGGAUCUCAAAGAGGCUUGGAGAGCUUGCACUUCUAGAACAACCAUUCAUUAAGGAUGACAAAUUGCUGGUGAAGGAUUUGGUGAAGCAAACUGUUGCCAGUCUUGGCGAGAAUAUAAAAGUCCGAAGGUUCGUGAGGUUUACACUUGGAGAAGACACCGAUUGAGGAAAAAGCAAAAUCCUAGGAAUGAAGAAUUUUGUUGCUUAAUGAACAGAUAAAACUGGCGUCAUGAGGCUGUUACAGAAUCUAGUUUUUGGAUGAGAAUAUAGGGUUCUCCGGAUU